CGUCAUGUGAUGUUCGGCCAUUACCAAGAGACGUACGUGUUCCAGUAGAGAGAAACGAUGAAAUUUGGUUGGAAAUAUCAGCAUGCUUUCAAAAAUCUUUUCUUUUAAUACUCGAAAAACUGGGGAAAAAAUCCUCGAAAGUGAUGUUGGAACAGAAUUACCACUUACGUCUGGAGGGAUAUUCCCAGAUUUAGAUGCUACCCAGAUUCGAAUAUUGGUAUUUAAAGACUGUGACCGGAAAGGAAAGACCCUACUGUAUGACUCUAAGAUUGCUAAGCAGAUACAGGAAGAAAGAACACAGGAUGCAGCCCAAGGCAAACAGCAGGACAAAACAAACAGCAAAGCUGCUACAAGAAAACCAGACCACAACCAUGGAAGUUAUAGUACUCCCCCAGUCAAAAAGAAACUGCAUCGGCGAUCAAGUAGUGACUCUACAUUGUUGGGAGAAAUGAUAUUUGGAUCAGUAGCUAUGACAUAUAAGGGAUCAACAGUCAAAGUUCAUCUCAUAAGAUCACCUCAUCAGCUGUUGAUGACCAAAGUAUUCUCUCUUCGUCCUCGUAUGUCUGUAUCAAGUAACUGCAGUGAUAAUACAGAUAGUUUCAUGAGCAGUGCAAGUCAAAUUGACUCGAUCUUAGAAGAUGGCAGUCGGAUUGAGAGUGACUGUGUUUCAUUGUCAUCACAAAGCAACAGUCCAAAAGAUUCCCAUCUAGUCCAGGAGAAUUCUUCCACUCCUGUACCUGUGCCUCAAUUAACACCAACAGUUAAUAUUGAACCUGAAGAUGAUAGUGGAUUUACUGCAUCACUGGACAGCUUAUGUUGCCAUGGUAGUGUCACAUCCUUGUUUACCCCUGCAUCAUCUCCAUGUGGUAGUUUCCAAAGAAGGUUACAUCGUAGUCAGAUCACAAGUAUUGAUAGCAGAUUCAACAAGAAACAGGAAGAAUCUUCAGAAGAGCCUAAUUCCCCAAUUCUUAGACGUCGACCUAAAAUUGGUAUCGGAAUUCUUUUCCCCCUGAGUGACAGUGAUGAACAAAGCAGUGCUCUUCAAAGAUUUUUCUUUGCACAUUUCCCUCUGUUUAACUCACAUGUGCAUCGGCUGAGGUUGGCAGUUGAGAGAGCUUGCCAUUCUAGAAACUCUUUUGCAAUGCAAGUUACAGAGGCAUUUAAUAGAUUUUGUGAGGAGAUUAGCAACUUUCUCAAGACUCCAAGACUCAAGCAACCAGUGUGGCUUAACAUGAUGACGUUUCCAGAUCAUAGAGGGGAUUUGUGUGAAAAAUUUAUGGAACAGCUGACAGGAUGUCUAAACCUGUAUAACAACAGAGAAACAAAUUUUUUUCUCACAGCAGUAUUGUCUGCUGUCCUCACUCAUCAUCUGGCUUGGGUGCCUACUGUUAUGCCUGCUGGGGCAGCUCCAAGCAGAGCAUACUUAGACAAACAUUCUUCCAAAACACUUGACCUUUUGGCACAGUCACAUCCUUAUAAUCCACUGUGGGCACAAUUAAGCGAUCUUUAUGGUGCAAUAGGUUACCCAUUAAAACUAGCAAGAACUGUUGUUGUAGGGAAAAAUGCCAAACUUGUUGGUCAAGUGCUUCAAAUUCUCAGUUACUUCAUUCGAUGUACAGAAGUCUUUGAACAUACUCCAGAAAGAGUAGACUUACCAGAGCAUGAUUUUUCUCAUUCAGAUUUCACAGAAGUAGAAAACUGUUGUCUUUGUAGGCAAAAUGAAGAUGAACCCUGUCAUAAGCACAGUAUUUGCAAUCCAUGUAUUGAGAAAAGUGGACUAUCAAUUUGUUCAAAUUGUCAAAAAUUGAUACCAAAGGAAUUAGAUGAAAAUAUAUCCUUGCAAUCUUCCCAGCUGUCAAGAACAUUAUUACAAGGUCUUCCAUGCUGUUCAGAUUGUGGACUGUUGCAAAGAAAUGAAAACAUUGAAGAAAUAUUUCGUGUAAAUAGUAUGUCGGGCACAUGUGGGACAUGUCUGCCAAAAUGGACAUCAGCUAAGGGACUUCAGCAUUUUCUAGAUGAUUUAAGUUAUUUGGAGCGAAGUGAGACAUUCAAAUGCUAUUGUUGUGAGAAGAAAGAAAAGACAGAAGAAAGUACCUCAACCUUUAAGUGUUAUUGUACUGGUGAUUCUAGAUGUAGUCUUUGUUCUACUACGAAAAAUGGCUUGAAUACAAACUUGCAAAAAAGUAUUGAACUUGAUAUCAUAUUCCUGCAGCUUUUACUUCAUGACCAGUUUUGCUCUAAACUAGAAUGCAAAUGUUUUACACCAAAGGACAAUACAAGUUGCUUGGAAAUGGACUUAGAGCAGGACAGCUCAGAACAAAAUGAUGUUGAAUCCAAUGAUUCGUCUGCUCGCAGUGGUUCUCUAGAUUCAGGUUUUCAUCCAGGGACACCGUCAUGUAGCACCAAAAGUAAAAUGGAGCUAGAAGAAUAUUUGAGUCUAGAUACACUAGAAGAUGAAGAUGAGUUUGGUCCAGAAGAACUACCACUACCAGGACUUGUAGAUGGAUCAAGUAAAGAUGGUGAUCACAGAAAACCAGAUGAAUGGAGAAAGUCAAACAACUUUGGUCGUUCACUUUUUGCAGGGGUUGGUGAAACAUAUCAUCCAGACUUUGUCCUUCAGGGUGUCACUUGUAACAAGCAAGAAAUCCUACCCAGUCUGUCAAAUGACUUGUGCAUGGCAUUACAGCAUUCUGUUGUCGAUGAUGCCCUUAAUGAUGCUGUAUGUAUUGUUGCUGACACUGACAAUUGGACCUGUGAACUGAUAUCAGCAAAGAAAGGAAAACUCAGAUCAAGUGAAUCAACUCAAGUGCAAACAAUUGAUGGAUCUAACCUAGUGCUAACUAUGCUAACAUCAGUUAGUGGAAUGUGGGAUGUUAAAAUGCCUGCUGAAUUUUGUCUAAUGCAUCUUGAAGACAGAUUGAAAGAGAUCUAUCUGAAGAGCAGGGUAAUAGCAGAGUGGCUUUGGAAUCGUAAGAAAUCAAUCAGUCAAUAUGAGCUGGCUCAUACCCUAGAGAUUGAUGACAGUGACAUCGUGCUGCUGCUGGCAGUAGCUAGUGCUCAUUCACCUCAAGGAAUCACUUACAUUAGGUAGUAAUUUAUAAAAGAAAGAAAGAAAAUAUGAGAAUAAUAAUUUAUAAAAUAAAGACAAAGAAUAUUAAUGGGAGACAGCUUAUUCACAAGGAUAUUUUGUUAACACUGACAAACAGGAAGUUUCAAUAUUAAUUUUAAAAAUUGCUAACAGUGUUACUGGGCAACAUGCAAAACUAUGACCACAUCUAAUGUAUUCAAAUACUUUUAUGAAUGUACAGGCUUUUUGCUGCCAAACAAGCGUUUGGACACUUUAUUUGGUAAAACUAGCCAGCUUUGCAUAGAAAUGUGUUAGUUUAACGUACAGAACCCAUGCAAAAGUAUGUCAUACUUUUGCAAAUGUGCCCUAACACUAUAAAAUGUUCUUUGAACUUAAGCUUCUAUUUGCACAUGAAGGGAAAUGCUGGUCAUAUAUUUUCGAUAAUUUUUCAAAUUAUUAGCUCAUAAUAGAGUGCAAACAAUAUAAUGAUUCGUGAAACUUUAGUAAUACUAAAUAGCACAAUUUCAUGCAAAUUCCAUUGUUUUCUAUUGUUUAUUUAGCACUAUUUUGUACUAUUUAGUAAUUAGUGUUUCAUGGAUUAAUUGUUUGCACUCUACCAGCAAGGGAUGGGGUUUAAACAGCAGCCAUGUUAAAGGGCAGGAAUAAUGCAAAGUUUUUUUAUGAAAAGAAAUUUCAUUUUCCAUUGGAGGUAACUAUCAUUUUGCCCUAUAAAAUGCAUAAAAACACACUGUAGGUAGUAACUACUAUGUAAAAUUCUCCAAGUUAUUUUCAUUGGAAUCUGAUAAUCAAGGUCUUAAUUCUAGGCCGAUGUACCAUAAGUCCUCUAUUCACACCCCCUGUGGGGCUUAUUUAUUUCAGACAUGUUUGAGGUGGGGGGGGGGGGGGGGUGAGGUGGAAAUUUUUGAAGGGAGGUUUACAAAUUUAGCAAAACAUAGAAACCAUGAAACAAAGUGUACUAAUAUUACCCUUUUUCAUAAUGACGUCAUAUCAAAUCAAACUAUUGAGUUUAACACUAGGGAUCAUGGUCGCUGGAGGGGGAUGGAAUGACAACAACACAUCUUAAAUCAUUUGGUUUAUGAGAUGGUGAAGGCACGAACAACUAAAUAUUACGCUAAAUAUCUCGAAAGAAAAGUAUUAAGCUUAAAUUUAGCGUAAAUUUAUAUCAUUUUAGUCAAUGUAAACAAACCGUGUGAUGUCAUUAUGAAAUAGGGCAAUUCAAGAGUAAAAGUCAUAUGAGGUAAUGUUAACUCCACUCUCGACUCUGCAGUGAGGAAACCUUUUUUUUAAUAAAGAUCAUUCAAGCAAGGCUAUAAGGUUGAUUCAAUGCAUUACUAGUCAUUUGCAACUCAUCUACAUGUAGCUGUAAUAACAGAUAUUGAUCUUAAUUUCCAAGAUGUGAAUAAAUCACAGUAGUUUAAUCAGUGCACAAGCAGUGUUAUGAUUAUUACUUUAAGGGGAGGGGUACUUAUAAGAGAAGGGGGCUAAAUAGAGGAGUUAUGGUAUGUCUUUCUUAAUGAAUUUAUCUGUAAAUUAAUAUAUAUAUAUAGAUUGGAGGUUGUAAUAUAUUUUAAGCUCACUUGAAUUCAUUGCUCUGAAAAGUUUAUCAAUAAAUCAAAAAUAUUGCCUGCA